AUGGUUGUGUACUUGGGGCAUUUAAUUUGCUCCAAUUUAGAUGUCCACAGUGCAGUACAUGCUAAAGUUUUAGAUGUCAUCAAGGCCAUUAAGCUUGCUUGGCUUCACGCUUGGAUUGAAACUGAUUCGUUAUUAGUUACUCAAUUCUUUCGCUCUCCUCAUUUGGUCCCUUGGCACCUGCGGGUUGAUUGGAAGAAUUGCUUGCAUCGUCUCCAUCACAUGUUGUUUAAGAUUUCUCAUAUAUCUUGCGAGGGUAAUCAUGGAGCUGACGCUUUGGCAAAUCACGGUGCUCUGGGCUCUGGUUUCACAUGGUGGGACACUGCACCUUCAUUUAUUUUGUCCUUUUGUCAUCGGGACUAG